AUGUUUUCAUAUUGUGUAACUAUUUUCUUCCUUUCAUUCCUUCACUGUUCUUUCUUUCUUUCUUUCUUUCUUUCUUUUUUAAACUUUCUUCUUCCCAGCCUUUCAAUCUUCAGCACAUCAUGCCUUUCAAUCUUCUUUUCUUUCUUUUCUUUCUUUCUUUCUUUAUUUCUUUCUUUUCUUUUUUUAAUUUCUUUCUUCUUCCCAGCUUUCUUCAAUCUUUCAGCUUUUUCUUGGUCCUUUUUUCUUUUUUUUUUCUUCUUUCUUUUCUUUUCUUUCUUUCUUUCUUUCUUUCUUCCCUGUCUUUCAAUCUUUCAGCACAUCAUUGUCCUUUUAUUUUUUUUUUUUUCUUUUCUUUCUUUUUUCUUUUUUCUUUCUUUUUUCUUUUUCUUUCUUUCUUUCUUUCUUUCUUUUCUUUCUUUCUUUCUUUCUUUCUUUCUUCUUCCCUGUCUUUCAAUCUUCAGCACAUCAUUGUCCUUUUAUUUAUUUUUUUUGCUUUCUUUCUUUCUUUCUUUCUUUUUUUCUUUCUUUCUUUCAUUCUUUUUCUUUUUUUCUUUCUUUCUUUCUUUCUUCUUCCCUGUCUUUCAAUCUUCAGCACAUCAUUGUCCUUUUAUUUUAUUUUUUUGCUUUCUUUCUUUCUUUCUUUCUUCACUUCUUUCUUUGCAACGAAUAAGCAAUCUUUCCCGCUGA